GCGGGGAUAAGAAGCGCCCGCGGUCGACGGGACUCGGCGCCCGCACCAGGCGAAGCCGGUCCAGCUCCAGUCAGCCGUGCGUCCCGGUCCCCUGCGCUCCGCGAGCCGCGCCGCCGGGCAUGGAGUAGCCGCGGCCGGACGCAGGCGGACCCGAACGGACCCGGACGACGCGGGCAGCUGAGGCGCGGUGACCCGCGGCGCGGGCGCAGGUGGCCGGCGGGCGCUCAGGCAGGUGCCGGCCGGGCCUCGCGCAGUCCGAUCUCAGCCGGCUCCCCCGCGGCUCGGGAGUGCGUGCGGCCGUUCGCUCGGGCGCUGGCGGAGGCCCCGCCGCGGGUCCCAGAGGUUAAAGAAAGUUGUGCGGGCGCCGGGCCUGCGCGCGGACGCCGCGUGCGGGACAUUUGGGCGGACGCAGCUCCAGGCUCCCGCGCCGCCGCGGUCGUCGUAGGGUGGGGCUCGGGGCAGGUCGGGGACCCGCUCGCCCCCCGAGGGCUGCCGGCCCCGCACCGCCCUGACCGCAGCCGGUCCUCCCCGCAGCCGCCAGUCCGCCCGUGACCCAGGACCAUGCGCGCGCCCGGGCGCCCCCUCCUCCUGGGGCUGCUGCUUGUACUGGGCGCGGCGGGGCCGGGCCGGGGGCGCGCGCAGCCCCGGGGCCCCGCGGACCGCCAGACGCUGCUCAGGCUGCUGGUGGAGCUGGUCCAGGAGCUGAAGAAAUUCCACUCGGGGGAGUCCAAGAGGCUGCAGCUCCUCGGAGAGCCGGACUUCGCCCUGGGCCGCAGGGAGGCCGCGGACUAUGGGGCUGACCCCGAGGAGCAAAGAGUGGAGAUUGUUCCUCGAGAUCUGAGGAUGAAGGACAAGUUUCUGAAACACCUCACAGGUCCUCUUUAUUUUAGUCCGAAGUGCAGCAAACACUUCCACAGACUUUACCACAACACACGAGACUGCACCAUCCCUGCAUACUAUAAAAGAUGUGCCAGGCUUCUUACCCGGCUGGCUGUCAGUCCGAUGUGCAUGGAAGGAUAAGCUGCAAAGGAGCAACACGCCAGGAACUCUGAGAAGUGCCUUGGAAACCAGCAGGGAACAAAACCAUCUUCACCCAUACCCUUGUGGACAGAGAUUUAUUUUUGCAGACUCUUCCAUAAUUCCGUUGCAUUUGUAUGUUGUCAACACUGCUGGCAGAUAUAUAUUCAGUAAAUCAGUGUACCUGAGAGAACACUCCACAUUGAUGUGUAGUGCUAUAAAAUGAGAAUAUUUCAUUUUUCCUGGUUAGGUGAAAUCACAAAGAAUAUUUCUUUAGAAACAUAGGCAGAAUCUUAAACUAUAUUUUCAUAUAGCAUACCAUAUGAUUUCCUGUUUUAUAUUACUUUUACAAUUAAACUCCCAGAGUAUUAUUUGGAACUGCAUGAAAAAUUUAAAAGCACCAAAACCAAAAACCUUGUCAUGUUUUUGGAGACAGUAGAGUAUAAAUCUGUGACUAUAUCCAGGCUAAACCCAUUUGUCCUAUAUGAAAUAAAUUUAAAAUAGCAAUCCAGCUAUUGUGCAAUAUGUAAAUACUGUAAAUAAAGACAAACAAUAAACAACGUGUUUGUCAUAACGCAGUCUUCAGAGUGACUUUCUUUCUAGCAGGCUCAUCACUGGGGAUUCAUGACUUACACAUCUACCAAGAGAUUACACUGGUAACAUGUCACAGAAUUUAAACACACACAAAACUUAAAAGCUAAACAUUCCUGUGACAAUGAAAUUAUUUUUUUUUUUAAUGGAGGCUACUGGGAAUCAGAGCAGUAUUUCCUGAGACAGCUGGUGUUGAUUUGGUAGUUGAUAUGCCAAGUAAGGUUGUAUCCACUAUUUCCUGUUGUUACGAAAACACUAAACUAAGAGGAACCUUAAGAUUUAUACAGCUCAAGAUUUUUAUGGGUAGAUUCUAAACAAAAAUCUAAUUGAACCUAAUUAAAAGGUAAAUUGAAUUCAGCAAAGCAGUGGGUUUGUUUGAGCCCUUGUUGAUACUGGGCUGGGUUAUU